UCUGCCUCUCUCUCUCUCUCUCUCUCUUCGAUCAGGCCAACAUAAAAUAGUGAAAGGGUAGUCCACCCUUUCACAGCUAACACAUCAAAGAAGAGGAAGAAGAAGAUGGGAAUAGUAGAAGAAGCUCACAACGUGAAGAUCUUGGGCUCCGGCGAUCAGACCAUUGUCCUCGGCCAUGGUUUCGGCACCGAUCAGUCUGUGUGGAAGCACUUGGUGCCUCACCUUGUUGAUGAUCACAGAGUCAUAAUUUAUGAUAAUAUGGGUGCUGGAACAACCAAUCCAGACUAUUUCGAUUUUGAAAGAUAUGCAACUCUUGAAGGUUUUGCCUACGACCUGAUCGCCAUACUUGAGGAGCUUCAGGUUGUGUCUUGCAUAUUUGUCGGCCACUCCGUUUCCGCCAUGGUUGGCGUCGUCGCUUCCAUCACUCGUCCUGAUCUGUUCACCAAAAUCAUCACCAUCUCUGCUUCUCCGAGGUAUCUGAACGAUGUGGAUUACUACGGAGGAUUCGAACUUGAAGAUAUAGAACAACUAUUUGAGGCGAUGCAAUCGAACUUCAAGGCGUGGUGCUCUGGAUUUGCGCCGCUGGCUGUUGGCGGCGACAUGGAAUCUGUGGCGGUGCAAGAAUUCAGCAGAACCUUGUUCAACAUGAGGCCUGACAUAGCGUUGAGCGUUGCGCAAACAAUAUUUCGAAGCGACAUGAGGCAUUUGCUGGGCCAUGUGACGGUGCCUUGUCACAUAAUUCAGAGCAUCAAGGACUUGGCGGUGCCGGUGGUGGUUGCCGAAUACCUCCACCAGAACUUCGGCUGCGAGUCGAUUGUAGAGGUCAUGUCCACGGACGGUCACCUGCCGCAACUGAGCUCCCCGGAUGUUGUGAUUCCGGUGCUUCUCAGGCACAUUCGCUUUGAUAUUGUUGCUUGAUUUUCACUAGCUUUUGCUUCGUUUUUUCAUCAGCAUGCACUUUUUUUUUGUUUUUGUUUUUGUUGUUUUGUGUUGUGGGGGGUGAUCAAGUGUAAUUUGCAAUGUUAAUUAGUGGGGUUGAAUGUGUUUGUUGAAUUAAGACUAUUGUCAUUGAUUCCCUAAUAAUCUCUAGUCGUUUGUGGACCCUACUGCCAGCAUCUUCGAUAAGUGAUAUC